UGUAUACGAGCGACACAAGUUGACAAAAAUGUAUCACGAAGGGGCAUUUAUUCAGACCACACUUCGCUUGGAUGUAUUUGGUGUACCUAAUGAAUCGUGUUAUAGUCCGUCACCGAGCAACUUAGCCAUCGAUGAGGCGCAAGGAAGGACGAUGGUCCUAACCCUGUAUGGCAUGAUCUGCGCGGUAGGAGUGGCCGGCAAUCUCCUGGUCUGUAUCGUGCUGCUCCGCGUGCCGUCCCUCCGGUCCAACACCAGUGAUUUCCUAGUGCACCUCUCCCUGGUCGAUCUCGUGGUCUGCGUGCUGGUCAUUCCUUACAAGAUCGUGCCACAGUUUAUCCACUCCCUACCGCCCAAUCCAACGAUCUGGGGCCAGCUCCGGUGCCGUCUCUAUUUCGGCAAGUUCCCCUUCUGGACCUGCGCGGUGACUUCCGUCUUCAGUCUCGUCACCGUGAAUCUGGAGCGAUUCGCGGCCAUCGUCUACCCCCACAGAUACAAGAGAAUCUUCGGCAGCAGGCGAAACAAACUUCUGGUGAUUCUCCUCUGUUGGAUUCUAGCCGUGACGAACCAGUCCUUCAUCUUGUUCAUGUACGACGAGGAAGGCGUGGUGGGGUGUCGGUUUGUAGGCUGGAGCUCCGCGGCGUUUAAAGCAUUGUUCGGGGUGUUCAACAUAACGCUGAGCUUGGUCGGCCCGUUCGUGCUGAUGGUGUCGGUGCAAUGGAAAGUCAUCUCGACGCUGAAGAGACAAGUGCAGAAUCUGACAAGUCAAAUUACGCUCCCUCCGGCAGACCGGCGAAAGAUGUGGCAACUCCGAACGACCCAAACCCUAGCGCGUACCCUCCUCGCCUUCGUACUGACCUUUGCCGUGUGCUGGGCACCAAACCAGGCCGUGUUCCUGUUCUACAACCUGGGCGCCCCGAUCUGCACCUCCCCGCAGCUAUACCACCUGAGCGUCAUCCUCGCAGUGGGUAACUCUUGCAUCAAUCCGAUCCUGUACGGCGUCACCAACCGGCCGUUCCGUAAGGGGAUCAGGACGGCGUUCCUUGGCGGGGGCCGCUCGGCACGGAUCGGCCAUGUGCCGACGGUCACACCUUCCGCGAUGACCCAAGCGUAA